UUACUGAAUUACAAAAUUUCAUUCCUAGUCUUUCCUACCUCCUCGUCCUCCUUCCCCCUCAUCUUCCUCUACUUCCUCAUCCUCACCUUCCUCCUCAUGCUCCUCUUCCUCACCUCUCAGGUGUGGUUGAUGUAAGAAAUUAGCUCCAGAGUUCGAGAAAGCAGCAACCAGACUGAAGGGAAGCGUCCAGUUAGCAAAGGUGGACUGUACAGCUCACUCAGAGAAGAAGAAGACGAGAGAUCAAGCGGUGGAUGAACAGAGUCCUUUUUUAUUGACAGUUGAUUGACAGUUGAUUGACAGAUGAAGCUGUGUGCAGUCUUUCUGCUGCUGAUCUGCUGCGUCUGUCUGCAAACAGUCAAAUGCAGUCUGCCGACACCUCCACCGCAGGUUGAAGCUGCAGUGAACUCGGAGUCAAACAUCGUCACCUCUCUGAAGAACGACGGCUUCCGUCGACUUCCUGGACUCUGUCGACGCCUGAAGAGACGCAGAGUCACCGUUCUGUGUAACCUGGAGAAGUACUGCUGGUGGGGGCGGACUUGGGGGCGGAGCCAGUCUGGUCAGGUGUGUCGUUGUCCACGCGGCUCCAGGUGUUCACACUUCUUCCUCCGCAGUCUGUGAAGAUGAUGAUGACAUGUUUGACCUGCUGGGACUCAACUUUAUCAUAAACUGUCCUUUGUGUUUAUUUUGUCGGACAACAAACAUUCCCUCCAUGAAUGGAACUGAACUGUGAGAAAAAACGUUGUUCUCGUCUUUGUUUUUAAACUUCAGAAGUGUAAGAAAAGUCGUCCCGUGGCUUUAAAACAUUCACACACAAACUUUCAACACAGAAUAUGAAUAGUUUAAUUUUAUAUUUUAGUUUUGAGCUGUUUAUUGUGGAUUUCAUUUGUUUUAUUAUUUAUGAUG